AAAUUUUAUAUCAAUAAAUUCGAUUGUCUUUUUUUUGUGGGACUUUCUCAGUGAUCUCUCGAUAAUUUGGGGUGUUUUCGGUGCAAAUAAUCAGCCGUCCAUCGUACUGUUGCGCCAACCGUUGUGCUACGUGUGCGUAAUUCUGUGCAAUCGCUUUUCACACAGUCCGGAAGUAUCCACUGGGCUGGGGGUGGGUUUAGAGAAAACAGUACCAACAGUAGCAAUAAUCUUGCAUUGGACUCUGCGUUAUCAAAUCAUCUCAUUGAUCCCGGAAUUGAGGUGCAGGCAUGUCGAGCAAAAUUGAAGAAGCUCAGGAACAUAUCCGACAAGCUGAAAAAUGCUUGAAGACAUCGCUGCUGAAAUGGAGACCAGAUUACGAUAAUGCAGCUGAAGAAUACAACAAAGCAGCCACCUGCUUUCGGAACGCAAAGUCGUUGGACCAGUGCCGUGACUGCUUGAUGAAAUCUUCCGACUGUCAUCGCCAGAAUCGUGCCCUGUUCCACGCAGCCAAGUGUCUCGAUCAAGCUAUACUGAUAUGCAAAGAAAUGAAUAACCUCGGUGAUAUACGUAAGCUGGCCGAGCGGUCGUGCAAUCUCUACCAGCAACACGGUUCGCCGGAAUCGGGUGCGACUGUAUUGGACAAGGCGGCAAAGAUACUGGAACAAACGCACCCGGAGGAUGCGCUACAGCUGUAUAAGGAAGCAGUCGACGUUGUUACGAUUGAAGACUCGACCCGCCAGGGCGCAGAGUAUGCUAGCAAAGUGGCACGAAUUAUGGUUAAGCUCGGUAUGUACGAUCAGGCCGCCGAUGCUAUUAGGCGAGAGAUCGGACUGCAUCAGCAGGUCGGAUCGGAUGGUGCCAUCGGGCGGCUAGCCGUGGCAUUGGUGUUGGUACAGCUUGCCCGUGGGGAUUAUGUUGCAGCUGAGAAGGCCUUUAAGGAAUGGGGUAACUGUUGCGAUGCUGCGGAAGUGCAAACCUUGGAAUCGUUGCUGCAGGCGUAUGAUGAUGAGGAUCCAGAACUAGCGCAACGAGCGCUCUCCUCGCCUUUCAUCAGGCACAUGGAUGUAGAGUAUGCAAGAUUGGCCCGCGAUUUACCGCUUCCCAAGGGUGUUUCAAUCGCUCCGAAAGCGAAUGUCAUCGAAAAUGCGGCGGCCUCUUAUGUCUCCCCUAACAGUGGUGCGUCGGGCGAUACUACCGCCAAACCAUCGGCUGGUCCGGCUGGUGAUGAUGAGGACGAGGGUGGCCUGUGUUAGUGUGUAGAGCUACCAACCGUUACCAACUGUCCAUCCAGUGGGGUAUCCCGUGUAAGCGUUAAAAGUUGUGUGAUACUAUUGCUUUUAUUACAAUUAUCAUUAUGAUUAUCAGUUAAAAGUAGCGGACAUAUGAUAACAAUCGUUCCGACCCUGGCAGCCGCAAUGCGCCAAUGCUUUUCCCAGUAUUCUAAAAUUCACGGCUUAAAUGAAAUGGGAGAAUGUUAAUGGGAUGAAUUAGGUAUGUUUCAGAACGAAGCCAUCGGAUGUUGUAUUUUACUUUCUGAAUGUACUAUCUAUCCUAUGUGUGGAAGCAAAAUCUGUAUGUAUUAUAAUCAUGCUCACAAUCAACACCGUUCCGCAUCGGAGCAAACAUCGAUACGAUGCAGGUGUUUUUCAAUUUAGUUGCACGACACAAUGUUUACAGUUACGGCAGUUAAACGUUGACACACUUUCGCCUCAUUUCGCACAUGUGGUUUGCAAUAAAAUGUGGUAUCAUUUCGUGAGCAUCGGUUGAACUAUUCUUACUGGCUAGAGCAGGAAAUGUGACUAUAUAAAACACUACUUAACAACAAUUAUAAAGUAACGAAUCAACACAAUGUUAUGACAAAUGAAUUUCCAAUUAUCUCCCUUCACUAGCUAUCUAUGUAAGUAAAGCUUCACCGAUCCCGACAAUGUGUAGUUUCCCAAAGAAUGAUAAACUUUGCUCCAAAAACAAACAAAAAAACAUCAUUGCUUGACGUAAGCUGAAAAUCAAACAAAAGCGUUACAGUAAUAAAUUAGAAAUUCGAUUCAAAACCUUCGAUGAAAUUAUCAUUCCAAACUUGACACUAUACAGACUGCACCGCACGUCCUGGUACUACCAGUGAACUAAAGAAUGUGCCACAUAGAAUCUGGUGGCAUAAGUUGAAUUGUUUCUCAAUACAGCGUAGACCUGAACUAGAGCACUGAAAGGAAGAAGCUGCAAAUGUUUGAGGAUUAUCACUAUUUUUGAAGCUGAAUGUAGCUGAAUGUGUUUUUGGUAUUGGUCAAAUGUGACAUAGUGUUUAACUACAUCAUGAAGUGGACCAUAUCAUAUUUAGAACGUACUGCUAAACAUUUUUUGUUUCUUGGAUUUUUAUGAUCUUUGCAGACCAUUCAAGCUUUCUCUGACUUUAUUUAAUCGCAGUUGGGAACCAUUAUCAUUGGUGUUGGUUGAAUCAGAUACAGUUUCGUAAAUUUGAAUAUCUAAAAAAAUAGAAUGAAUGACUCUAAAUAUCUGAUAUCAACAUUUAUGAGUCCCGUAAAUAUUCAAGAAUCCUCAAAGAUCUAUGAUUAAUUAAUGACUUAGGAAUUUUCAAAGAUUUAUCACUUUAUUCGGGAACUCUGGAAUGUUCGGAGAUUCAUGGAACUUAAAGGAUUCAUUAUUCUCUGAAAUUCCAUGAAACUGUGAGAAUUCGCGAAUGUUUUGUGAAUCGACCCAUGAUUUAAAUGAUUCUUUAGGGAAGAGUUUAUAUGAACGACUCUUCUCAAAAGAUUUAUUAGAUACCAAACUUGCAACACAGUCAAAUUAGUAUGCUGAUUGACUCAAAAUUUGGUUGGAUUAAAAGUGUGUAAUCAUGUUCUUGUUUGUGAUUCAUACGAGCAUCUUUUGGCCACAACUAUAGGAUCUUGUAAAAACAUUUUCCCUACAGCUGUGACUUCAGUUCGUUAACGUUCGGCAAUAUUUCAAAACGCCAUUUUGGAAUUUUUCUCUGAUUUCAAGUCUUAAUACCAUGCGAAAUAAGUGCAAUUGUCAACAAAAUUUACCACCGGAUUCUAUGUCGUGCUUUAUUUAGUAUACGCAAUUAAACACAAAAGAAAAAAGAAAUAAAACACAUGGAUAAACGAUUAGUAAGGCGCAUUUAAGGUAAAUGUUACAAAACAAGCCUAUAACAAAAAACAAAAAACAGCAUGGACUUCGUGUGUGAAAGCUAAAAAUUAGCAGCAAAACGUAAAACCAUAUAAGACAAAAAGAACACAGAACAGAACAUUAAUAGCAACAAAAAGUAUCUCGAGAACAUCCCCUCCAGUCUCUAGCGUACUUCACAUUGGAUGGAGUUUAUCAAUUAUAACUAAUAGAUAGAGCAAUCGAUGGAUGUACUGCAAAACCACGCGACACUGAUGAUCGUGUACCGUGUGUACGUGUGUGUGUGUUAUCUUGCUGUAGAUGAAAUGUUUAUGAGCAAAUUGAAACUAAACAAAAAAGAACAUAACCCAACGGCAAAACAUUACAAAAAGAACAAAAAAAAAAAACGGUUGAUAGACGCUAUUCCUCGUUCGGGAAUUAUAUUAGUUGGAGAGGGGUGAAAGAUUAAAAAUGGUAACAAAACACUGGGCUAGUGAACACACAUGAUUUAAAAGAUAGAAAACAGAGAAAAAAAAAACUUUCGUACAAUUACAUAAAAGCAUGACAUGGAAGAGAACAGAUAUAUCCGCGAGUGCUGCUGUAACGAUAGAAGAUAUAAUUUACCAUUUGGCUCGACCUGCCUACAGACAAAUGUUGAGAACCUAACGAAACACAUAAUUAUUCUUCUUGUUGUUAAGAAUUAUUCGUUACAAUGGUUUAUAAUGUUAAAAUUUAUGUUUUCAAAAAAGUUUAUUACUUGUUUUUAUUUCAUGGAGUUUUGUGUUCAUAUGUUAUGAUUCAUACUUCUUUCCAGUGGAUAUCUGUUGUUAAAGUGUUAUAUUUAUUCUAUUGGGUGGUUCAAUUGGACUUACCCACAUUUUUUGCAAUAUUAAUUUAGUAUUUGCACAGGCAUGGUGUUCAUCAUACGAAUGACGAUAAUAAAAACAGAAAACAAUGGAAAUAGAGCAAUUCCAACUUAGAGCACUAUUGCGACGAUAAACAACGAUAAUCAGACAAGAAAGCUAUCGGCAGGUCAGAUUGCAGCUAUUUGAACCUACUUAAACUGUAAAAUGAUUUAACGUAUAGAAGCAGUAGCGCCAACAGAAAAGUGUAUUCUCGUUAUGCAUUAUGCAGUUGUCAGCUUACGGUGCGUUGUAAAGAAGAAAAAAGUAAGAAAAUACUUAUAUCAACAUAAAUCACACUCGACAUCCUAUAUCCGGCGAUGUAAAGGUAGAGGAUUGCAACGGGGAAAGAUCAAUUGAAACUAUUAUCAGCAUUUGACACAGUAUACAGUACUAGCACACAGUGUGGCUUCGGUUGAAAAUUCAAUAAUGAUAAGACAAAUUUUAUUCCAAAAAAAUAAAACAAAAUUGAAAAAAAAGGUUGAUCACCAGCAACACCGAAGUUUUGAGGGGGUGCGAAAAAUUGAAAGGAAUAUAAAAAAAAACACAACAACCCAAGUUUAAUCAUACCUUAGUGUGUAAGCAGAUAGAAUCAAUCCGCUC